UGUAAAAGGGGCAUUAAACAGUAGGUCCCCUUUACCACAAAUUACCCCUGUUCAAAAGUUUUGACACACUUGAUUCUUUUGAAUAGGAGGAUCAGUGGAUAUUGUUGUUAUUUUGUCCUGGAUAGUAGAAGGUCCUUGCUAGGUCUUAGUAAUAAUUACAUUUAAAUGUCUAUUUAAAGUUACACAGUUUUUUAAAUGAUUAUAUUUACUUGAUUGUAUCAAAGCUGUUGAUUCAACAAAAUGGAGAGAAAUGAUCAGUUCAAUAACCCAGACUUUAGAGGAGGGAGAGACGGGGGUAUUUGAGAAAGAUUUUCUUUUGCGCCAAGAAUUGAAGUAAUCCAGCAUAACAUUAGUUUACUAGCAGUCUUGUUUCACGUUUUGGAAACUUUCAAUUGUGGGGUAUUGGCUGAGAGAAAUGGAGAGAAAGUGCCUUAUCAUGGAUUUACUGGAGUUCCAAGUCUGGCUCAGCAGUAUAAAUAGGUCUGGGAUAUUCCCCAUCAGCAUUCACUUGCCAUUGCUCAAUCCAGCAGCAGGAUGUGGAACAUCAGUGAAGUCGCUCUUCAGCUCCCAACUUCCACAACUUCAAACCGUCUCCUCCAGCCCCUGUGGGACCACCUGCUUUUUCAGCACUACAGCCAGAUCUCGUCUCCGUUCUUCCCAGUGCUGCUCGCCUUCUCCAGCUACAUCAUCUUCAGCGUCCCCUUCGCGGUCCUGGAUGUCCUAGGAGAGAAAGCUCCUCUUUUCAAGUACAAGAUCCAAAAGGGGCGGCGUCCCACCGUAGGCAUGAUGGUGAGGACUCUGGGGACGGCGGUGUACAAUCAUCUGGUGUUUGUUCUUCCGGCUGUGUUGAUCACCAACGUGGUGAUGCCCGCUCCCCCACUCCCUGCAGUUGCUCCGACAGUAUGGGAGCUGUUCUCAGGCGUGUUGGGUGUCUUGCUCAUCUUCGAUGCUCAGUACUUCCUCUGGCACAUGGUGCACCACAAAAACCCUCACCUGUACAGAUGGGUCCAUGCCAUCCAUCACGAUUACAUCUCGCCGUUCUCCUGGUCCACCCAGCACCUGAGCGGUGUGGAGCUGAUGACGGUGGGCUUCUGGAGCAACCUCAAUCCCAUCCUGCUCAAGUGCCAUCCUUUGACCGUAUGGACGCUCUCUGUUUUCAGCAUUUGGAUGUCUGUGGAAGACCAUAUCGGCUACGACCUGCCAUAUUCUCCUAGUCACCUGGUUCCUUUUGGGCUUCUUGGAGGGACGAUGACCCAUGACAUACAUCACCAGAAACCCAGCAGCAACUUUGCACCCUUCUUUAGUCACUGGGAUAGACUCUUUGGCACUGCUGUAACAGUGAAACGGACUCAGAAAAGUGAUAAAGAACAGUAG